UGGGUUAUAGGCAUCAAUCUAUGUGCCUUAAAUUUGAGGAUACAGCGGUAAUUUCAUCGCUGUAGCGAACGAACUCUUCCGCCACAAAGGGCUAGAGCUAGAAGACGUUGGCUUAUACUGUCAAACCCUAGAGUCGAUCGAUCCCCCAUUUGCAAAAUGCUGUCAAAAUUCUCUCCCAGAAGAGUUAAUCUCCUUUCGCUUUGCCGCCAACGUCGCUCCUAAAUUGGUCUCUGGAGCUGCUGCAUCGCCGCGUCAUCGUUGCAAUUGUCUCUUCAAACCUCGUCGUCUCUCUUUCGUCCAGCCAGCGACUCUAUUUGGGGCUUGCAGAGAGACAAAUCACUGUUCAACUGCAAUCAAAUUGCUCCAAUGGGUCGUAAUGACUCCAAGUCUCCUCCUGCUAGACGCCGUGGGUCUCCCAGUAGGAGGAAUUCAUCUCACAGAGAAAGGUCUCCUGUUCGGCAGAGAAGUUCGCAUGGUGCAGACAAGCCUUCAAGCCGCAACAGAUCCCCAAAACGUGUGAGGUCAAGAUCUCCUGCAUCUCAUUCACCAGUUAGAGAGAAGCCUUCAAGCCGCAGCAGAUCCCCAAAACGUGUGAGGUCAAGAUCUCCUGCAUCUCAUUCACCAGUUAGAGAGAAGCCUUCAACUCGCAAUAGGUCUCCAAAACGCAGAAAAUCAGUCUCACCUCUACCUCAUUCACCAACCAGAGACAAAACCUCAGGCCACAGGAAAUCCCCCAAACGUCUAAGGUCAACAUCUCCUGAGUCAUCACCAAAGAUGGAAAAAUCUCGCUCUCCUUCACCCCGGACUAGAAGAUUAAUGAGAGUUCAAGCUGAAAAAGAGGCUGGAAGGGAGUAUGAUAAAAAUCAUGGGAAGGGGGGUGACAGGACUAGGCACCUUGAAAAGGAUUCCGACAGACAUGAACCAAUUGAGAGAAGAGAACGAAGAUCAGGACGGGAUAGUUAUAAUAAUGGGUCUUCUAAGUCAAGGCAUGAAAGAUCGGCUUCUCCUGAUCAUUCCCAUAGGCGACAACAUAGAUCUCGAUCGCCUGCUGUCACAAAUAGGAGAGAACGUGAUGAGGGGACACACACCAGAGGAGAUGAUCACAGGAAUAAUGACAAUGAUUCACUAACUAAGAUGAAGGCAGCUGAGGAGGCCCUGCAAGCUAAGGAAAAGGUGCAGGAGAAACCUUCAUUUGAGCUGUCUGGGAAGCUGGCUGCAGAGACUAAUAGAGUUAGAGGCAUAACACUUCUUUUCAAUGAGCCACCAGAUGCUAGAAAACCAGAUGUGAGGUGGAGGUUAUAUGUCCUUAAGAAUGGUGAAGUGUUUAAUGAGCCCCUGUAUGUGCAUCGACAAAGCUGUUAUCUGUUUGGGAGAGAACGCAGGGUUGCAGACAUUCCUACAGAUCAUCCAUCCUGCAGCAAGCAACAAGCUGUUCUUCAGUACAGGCAAGUUGAGAAGGAGAACCCUGAUGGUACUUUAUCUAAGCAAGUAAGGCCUUACAUAAUGGAUCUUGGGAGCACAAAUGGAACUUUCAUUAAUGACAAUCGAAUUGAAGCUCAGCGAUACUAUGAACUUUUGGAGAAAGACACAAUAAAAUUUGGUAAUAGCAGCCGUGAGUAUGUAUUGCUUCAUGAGAAUUCGGCUGGAUGAUGAUUUUGUUGAUUUUGACCGCCCGGAGGGUGCUAUUGGUGACAAUCAAUAUUUUGCAGGAAAGGGAAGACUAGCGUGCUGGUUAUUGUACUAUUCAUUUUCUUAUGAGAGAGAGGGAACACCAUGUUUUUUUUUUUUUUUUUCAUAAGAAUUACAACUAUUUAAUUUUGGUGUAAACCUUUUAACUUCUGAAAGUAUCUUAUCAAAAUUAUUUCUCUGUUAGUUUGUCUUUACUUAGUUUGAGGUUAACUAUAAUGUGCAUUCGAUAAUGUAAUAGACAUGAAUUUAAAAUGAAAAGUUUCUACGAGUCUCGGGG